CAAAAGUUAUUCUAUGGACGCAAACUUGAGGAUUGAAAAUCUGAUUAAUAUUUAAGGCAUAUAGUUAUCUUUCAACCAUAUUAUACCAAUACCAUGUUAAUAUAUAUCAACUAAUUUGGUUACAACAUUAUAUAUGCAUCUACCACAGCCCCUAAACUAUCAGAGUCAGAGAUGGCAUCAAGGAAAGCUCUUGACCAAUGCUUGGUUCUGCCAAUCUUGCUAAUGAAUUGUUUUGUUUUGCUGGGUCAAUGUGCUAGGCCACUGAACACAGAAGGAGGAGAGGAUUUGGUCACAGCAACCUGCAAGCACACCCUCCAUUUCGAACUAUGCAUUUCUACCUUGAGAUCAGUCCCUGCUAGCAAGACAUCAGAUCUAAAAGUGCUUGCUGAGAUUGCAUUGAAUCUGAGCACAACAUAUGCUGCAGACACUUUGUCCUAUGUUCAUGAGCUGCAGUCCAAUUCUUCUGCUGCCAAUUAUGGCUCCAACAACAUCAUUUACGCGUCACGUUGCUUAAGUGACUGUGCAGAGGAAUACUCAGAAGCCAUAGAGAACUUGAAGGACUCCAAAGAAGCACUUGCUGAUGGAGAUUGUGACCAAGUGGACACGUUGGUUUCUGCUGCUAUGUCUGAUGCUGAGACAUGUGAGGAUGGCUUCAAGGACAUGCAAAGUGGGGAUAGUGAUUCUACCUCUCCUCUUACUGAGAGGAAUCGUUACUUCUCUGAACUCUGUAGUAAUGCUCUUGCCAUUACAAAACUACUAGUUUAAUUGAGUGAACCUUGUUCAUCCAAUGUGCUGUUAAGUGUUAACGUUAUAUAGUAUAUGGUAACAACCUGCAUUUAUUACUUUAUACUAAUGUCUUUGCUUAUUAUUAA